AUGGCAUCCUCUUCAGUUCCCUCAUACACAUUGCGAGCUAAUUUAACACCAUAUCAAAAGAUUACUACCACUUGUAUUAUAGGAGGAAUAUGGGGCUUUAUGUCGGGUAGUCGGCAAGGAGCAAAACGGACUUCCUUACAAUACUUGGCAGAACAUGCACAUGUAUUACCGAAAACCAAAGAACAAUGGUAUUUUUAUCACAAAAAGAAAAAUUAUAAAGUUACGUUGGGGGCAAUAAGAGCUGGUUUAAAAUAUUCUGCAAAAAUGAGCGCAUUAUGUUUUUUAUAUAGUAGUUUAGAGACCUCAUUGGAUUUUAUUAGGAAAGAGAAUGAUUUUAUUAAUAGUUUUGGUGCUGGUAUUAUGAGUGGUGCGAUUGUUUCUGGGAUAUAUCGAUUACCGAAACAAAGUACGAGAUAUGCAAUUAUGAUUGGAGCAGGUGUUGGUUUAAUGACCGGAAGUUUACAAGAUAUUAUAAGAUAUAAAAAAGGUCAAAGAAUUUGGUAUUUAGAAUGGAAAUAA